CCUUAUAUUCUAUAAAUAGUUAGUUAAUAGUGCAACACAAUUAUUGGAUGUUCCGAUCUGAGUCCAUCUUGUGAACUUUUGUCGCUGUAAAAAAAUCCCCGUCUGUGCAGCAAAAGCAUCUCUUGGUUUCGCUAUCAGUCAUCAGUCCUUCAGUCCUUCAGUUCACUGCAACAACAGCUUUCUUUCUGUAAUAAACCUACAAUCUCGUCAUGAACUUCAACAAGAUCUUCGUCCUUGUGGCCCUUAUCUUGGUCAUCAAUUUGGAAAGUUUUAAGGCUGACUGGCUUAAGAAGCUGGGAAAGAAAAUCAAACGCAUUGGCCAACACACUGCGGAUGCCACAAUUCAGGUCAUCGGAAUCGCUCGACAAGCCGCCAAUGCCGCCGCUCGAGGUUGAAACCGAAUCUUGGAACACUCUCCACUUAGACUGCCU